CUUCAAUACUAAACAAACAACCCAUCACGCAUAUAAUGCAAGACGGAUGAGGAAUGACGGAUGCGCUUAACUAUGCGGUACAAAGCCAAAACGGGGACAGUCUACAUAUUCAGAGUCAACAGUCAGUUAGUACAUAGAAAGCGAGAGGAUAGUUCUCGGUUCAGCUAAGGAGGCAAGAGAGCUGAAGUAGAGACAAGAAGCAACAUCCUCUCUCACCUUUGUCACCAAGGCUAGCUUUCAGUGGGACUUUCCUAAACCAUUUUCAAUAAAACCUCAAACUUACUUUAAAGAUCAUGGAGUCAGAUUUGAGUUCUUCUUCAUUUUCUAUUGAUAACAUACUGAAACCCGACAAAUGCGAUUCUACACAAGAACCUCGCUCUGCAGACCGAGCAUUAACGUUAGCAGAACGUCUGGCAGAUAUAAUACUUGAGGUACAUUAUGGUUCAUCCAGAGGGAAACAUCGGCGAACACGCACCGCCUUCACCCACCAACAACUACAGAUACUGGAAAACACUUUCUCAAAGACGCAUUAUCCGGAUGUAGUGAUGCGGGAGCAGUUAGCGGCCUACAUUAACAUUCCAGAAUCACGAAUUCAGGUAUGGUUCAAAAACCGACGAGCCAAGUACAGGAAACAGAUGAAAGACGGAGAGGAGCUAACAACGAGUGAAAUGGAAAAUAAAGCCCUGGAGAAUCAUUUCAACAGCCAUGAUGCGCCAUGGAACCCGCAACAUUUUUACACAACCAACAGUCUGCCCUUCGGUCCGGGAAGUGCUGUUUCACCCCACAGCAACUUCGCACCAUACUCCUGGUCUGCCGUUCCUUUGUACGCUUCCAGCCCAUGUGGUUGCUUACCAUCGUAUUCAGAUAAUCAAAGGAGAUCCUCCUGGUCGUGCACGGCAUGUUACGAAAAUACAGAUGUAAAAGAAAAGUUCACUCGAUAUGAAAUAUCUAAUGAACCUCUCAGCAAAUCAGCAAAGCAAUGUAAAAAUCCCAUUCAUCUUAAUGCUUGGGACUUGAUACUGAAAUCCCACAUUGGAAAUCACGACAAACAGUCACUUAAGCGCUUCGUGAGGCCUUCGAAAACAGCGCUUUACUCCAGUCAACUCCUCUUUGGUCUAGCCAACAUGAAUCACAAAACACUCCCUGAACAAGCUGUGGAAUCUGGGCGAGAAAUGUUGAACAACGGGAAAUCAUCUUCAUUUAUGAUGGAAAAUAUAUUAAAGCCCGACAAAUUUGCUACAAGACUACAAGAAUUUCGUGGUGAGGCUCCAUCCAAGAUCAAAGCCCUUUCAGUGGCAGCCCAGCUCGCAGAUAUCAUUCUAGAGGCCCGGCGGGGUUCUUCUGCGACACAGCUACGUCGCUCACGCACCAACUUCACACGUUACCAGCUACGAAUUCUAGAAAAUACGUUUUCCAAAACCCAUUAUCCAGAUAUUGCUCUAAGGAAAGAGCUCGCAACAAGUACAAGUCUUCCAGAAUCACGAAUACAGAUUUGGUUUAAGAACAGAAGAGCAAAGUUCAGACGAAGUGAGACAAGUUGCAACAUUUGUUCAUCAACUUCAUCUCACCAUACACCCUACCAGGCAUUUCAAAGAGACUCUGCCUAUAUAUUAGGCUCGUCAGUAGGGUUGUCAAAUCACGAGAGACCAGCAUUUCUCAUGGCUACCCAUGUGGUGGAAAAUAGCCACCAGGGUUUCCACUUCCCACCAUACGGCUCCUGUAGCCCCGAGAGUUCUACAUAAACACAACCGGACGCACAAACGGCCAGGCCAUCACUGGUAUUUUUCAUUAUGCUGCGUCUUGUCUCUUGACUCUCUGCUAUGAUACCAUUGAAACUCUACUAUAAGAAUCAGGCAGACUUCGAAGACAAAACUGUUGCUUCUAUGUAGUCUA